AUGACGGACACUCACUCGACCCUUACCCGGGCUACGACCGCGAGUCGUAAGUCCACUAUUGCUAGCCGCAAUGCUUCGUUGAUCAAGAAGAACACUGGUCCUCUGGAGCUGCGUCCUUCGGAUAUCCUGAUCGAGCGUUUCACUGGUUGGAAGAACAUUGUCAAGAUGCUCAUCUCGUAUUUCGAGGGCAUUGCCGACAUUGAAUACAAUACCGCCAAGGAGAUGAACAAGCUCGGUGGCGUUAUCCAGGUGCCUUUCCGUGAGGGCAACCAGUUCUUGGGCGAGGAUGGUCUUCAGGACAUCUUCUACAGCAUCCGUGAAAAGACUCGCACGAUCGCUGAUCACCACUCCAACCUGGCCAAGACUGUUGAGGGCUCUAUUGUGCAGCAUCUCGAGAAGCUGCGUGCUGAAAUCAAGGCUCAUGUGCGAAACGUGCAACAGGACACGGGCAAGUUGGCCAACACCGUUGCUCGCGAGCGUGAGAUCUCGACGAAGAUGAUCUCUGACCUUGCCCGUUCAAUUACUCUCCUCAAGAACACGCCAAUGAGCGUGAGCCCCCGUGAGGACCCAUUCACGGCGAACCAGGCUGUCUCGAUGCAGCUGCAGCGUCAGGUGAACGAGGAGAAUGCUUUGCAGAAGAGCAUCAUCAUCAUGCAGCAGAACUCGGCGCACUUCGAAGAAGCUAUUGUGCGCAGCAUCCAGAGCGCCUGGCAGACGUUCGACGAAUGGAGUGGCCGCAUGUCGGCGCAGGUUCAGGACACUUGGCUUGGUCUUGGUGUGCACAUGCGUAGCCUCGAGCCAAACGCGGAAUGGAUUGCGUUCGCGUCUCGCUCAGACCACCUCCUUGACCCCGACACGCCGCUUCGCAACCCCGAGACGAUCGAUUACCCAGGCAAGGAAGACCCAUCUGUCAUUCCCGUGCACCAGGGUAUGCUCGAGCGCAAGAAGCGUUUCACCAACGCCUACAAGGAAUCGUUCUACGUGCUCACACCGGCUGGUUACUUGCACGAGCAUGCGUCGUCCGACCCAGUGCGCCACCCCGUGCCCGAACUCUCACUGUUCUUGCCUGAGUGUACGCUGGGUGCGCCAUCGACUGCCGCUGCCUCGACACACAAGUUCCACAUUGAAGGUCGCACUGGUCAGCAGAGCAACAUGUUCGGCACGAACGUGGCCUACACGUUCCGUGCUCGCAGCCAUGACGAGAUGAUGGAAUGGUGGAACGACAUCAAGCAGCUCUCUAAGGUUUACCUCACCACGAGUGAGCAGAUGGAUCGCUCUGGUCCUGUGCCUGCCGCCGUGCGUGCCGCUGGCUACCGUGACGAGGAGGAAGAAGAGGAAGAAGAGGAGGAGGAAGAAGAGGAGGAAGAGGAUGACGAAGAGUACGACGAGGGCGAGUACAUCCAGACUGUCCCAGCCGCUAGUGUGCCCCAUCACCACUACGGCGCCGCGCCUCCGAUCCCCUCCACAGUCACAUCCGCCGCUCCUGUCACCGUGCUUGAUGAUAUGAGGCGCCGUGAACAGAUUCCUUCGUACUCUGCUCCAACGCGUGACUCGGGCAUCGAGAUUGGCUCGAACGGCUACGCCAUCGAAAAGAAGGCGCAGCCAUCUGAGCCUUUGGCUAGGGAGGGUGCCGAGGAAGUGGCUCAUAUUUCCUCGUAA